GAGUAAACACACUGUUAUAACACACUGGCAGCUUAUCAGAUGUUAUGCAUGCAACUGUCCAUGGUGUCUGCAAAACCGUCUACAAGAAAAGGUCACAAAGGGAAGGAUCUACCUUUCUGAACUGUUACACAGAGAGCUGCGAUGCAUUUUUGAUCUGAAUGGAUGAUAAAAAUGAAGAUUGAUCAAUUUAAAGUCGUUGGCGUCUUGUGCUUUGCUUUCGUCACUAUAGGAGGACAGAGUUUCGAAAGUAAAGUGGCCCAGUUACUCCAGGACGAAACGGACGAUAUCAAAUGUUUCGUGGAGGGCAAGAAAGAUCUGACUUGCUUUUGGGAGGAUCAACUGGACAAAAAUGAUUCACACAGUCGAUAUACAUUCACCUAUUCAUAUGAGAAUGAUAAGAGCAAAACUUGUGUCGUUUCAUCGCUGUUUUUACUGGCCAGCAACAAAACUGUGUACUUCUGCAAGCUCCCUCAAAUCCUGUUCUUCACGCUCCUUGACGUUCAGGUCCUUCAUGAUGGCCAGAUGCUUUACAAUCGUAGCCUGAAUGUUGAGAACGUCUUGCUUCUCGAUCCCCCCAGAAACCUCACAGUGGUGAGCUCAGGAAAAGAAGGGCAGUUAAACGUGAGCUGGUUGCCUCCACCUCUCAAAUACAUGGAUGACAGUAUGAUAUACGAGGUCAGAUACGCUGUGGAGGGAAGUCACAUGGGCAAGGUGGAGGAGAUAAAAGCCAGCACAAUGCUGAUCCUGCGUGGAUUAAAGCCUGGCACCAGCUACAAGGUGUGGGUCCGCGUCAAACCCGAUGGCGUCUCCUACAAAGGUUACUGGAGCGCCUGGACCGAACCUGUGUUUGAAACAACACCACAAAACGACAUGGAUCCGCUGAUCGUGUUACUGGUUUUGUUUAUUGCAUUGAUUCUGUUCAUACUCUCGGUGACUGUGAUACUGUCCCACCACAAGUUUCUUCUGAAGAAAGUGUGGCCUGAGAUCCCGACUCCAGAGCACAAAUUUCGAGGUCUCUUCACUGUCUACGAAGGAGAUUUUAAGGAAUGGAUGUACCAAAAUAACGGGAGUAUGUGGGGAAGAUCUGUUCAUGUCUACACAGAGGAACUUCCUUCACCUCUGGAGGUCCUGUCAGAGAUCUCACUGGCCAGCCAUCCGACUUCCUUAAGAGAAGAAAGAAAAACUACGGAGGCGGAAGAGAAAAAAAUGGAAAGCGAUGGUACUGACUCUGGACUAACAGGUAGCUGGCAGGAACCUCCUCACACCCAUUGGUUUAUGGAUCAGUUGAGGGCGCUUCAGGGAAACCCAUCACUUUCCCAGUCAUUGUUACUGGAGUCACACGACACCUACGUCACUCUUAACCAUCACUCCCAGAACGCUCAAGUAGAAGACGAAAGCCGGAUGGAAGAUGUCUUUCAGGAAUCUGUACCUCUGCAGACACUCUUCGCCAACACGGGAACGCCGUCUUUGAGCGCCUCGCAUUCAGACAUCGGCUCUCUCCAGCAGAGCUCGGGUUCAGGCAGACUGUCUUCGCAAUCCAGCUUCGAGUAUCCAAACCACACCUGGCCGCCUAAAGGGCCGGGUUACGCCUACAUGGCGAAUGCGGACUCUGGCGUUUCCAUGGACUAUAGCCCGAUGAGCUCGAGCAGGAUAGAGGAACUUGGGAAACGGGCCAUCUACACCAAUGAAUACAAAAACGAGAUUUUUAGCCACAAGUGGCCGAUCUCCGGUCAACGCAUUGAAUCUGGAUACUGACACUACACUUUUAGAUCAGGAUUUCUGUUGGAGACAUGACGUUUGGGGCACAUAUGAAAACACUAGGAUCUUUGAAAUGGCAAAACAUAAUCCUUCAGAUAAAAUAAGCUAGUUGUGUUAUGGCAGCUGUUUUUUAUUUUUAUAAGUUUUUUUCUCCGUCUUUUAAUCGGUGGCACGUUCCACAAAUAGGUGUUUGAAAUCGUGUAUUCGAUUACGGCUAUAAAUCCCAAUUUUUUGAACUUAUGAUCUGUCUUAGAUGACUUAUUUUCAAACGUAACAUUAAAUGUUGCAUAAAAAAUACAUUAAAUAUCUGUGCCAUUGUUACAGUUAGCCAACACUCAUAUGAAUAAAUAAAUAGCAAAUAAAAUGUGCAGUUUACUGUCGUCAUAUGUAUCUCCCUAUGCCGAUCAAUGACUUUAGACCUUAUUUGUGGAUGUGCCUGUUUUUUAUACCGUUUUGGGCUAAAUUUAUGUAAAUUUGUACAUUUUCAUAUUAACAAUGUGGUUUUUAGGUUUACCGUAAUGCAUAUCUUUCUUUCACAAAACCUUAAAGAGACACUCCACUUUUUUGAAAAUAUGCUCAUUUUCCAGCUCCCCUAGAGUUAAACAUUUGAUUUUUAAAUCUAUUCAGCCAAUCUAUGAGUCUGGCGGUACCACUUUUAGCAUAGCUUAGCAUAAUCUAUUGAAUCUGAUUAGACCAUUAGCAUAACGCUAAAAAUAACUAAAGAGUCUGGAUAUUUUUCCUAUUUAAAACUUGACUUUUACUUGCCGUAACAUGGCUGCAGGAGGCACAAUGAUAUUACGCAGCAGACGAAAAUAGUCCCCUGCUAUUGAAAGUUACCAAGGGGACUAUUUGAAGAGUUUCGUUGCAAAACCAGUUAACCACCGUUUUUUUAAUUUGUUCAGAAAUCUCGUUUUUUGGUUGUGCAUUCCAAUUAAUUUCAAUGCAACUGCAGUUGGUUUGUUUUGAUUAAAACCUUCAUAACUUAAAAAAUACAGCUAAGUAGCACCAUAAAACAAAAUAAUAACAUGAUAACAUAAUAAUAAACAUGUUUUGAAAAAAAUGUUAAAAAUGGAUUUAUCUCAUUUUGCAACGAAACUCUUCAUUUUAUGGACCAUGUUAUGGCAGUAAUGUUAUUUUUUAGCGCGAUGCUAAUGGUCUAAUCGGAUUCAAUGGAUUAUGCUAAGCUAUGCUAAAAGUGCCGUGUCCCUUUAAAGUCUAGAGGAGGUCUGUGAAAAUCUUAGUCAUACAAAUGAUAACAUCCACCUGUUUCUGGUUUUUGUGUGUAUUGGCAUAUGUUCAGUUGUUCUGGUGCAUUCUGGGAAUGCUUGUGCGUUGGUAUAAAACAGACCCUUCAUAAAUAUGACAUCCGCCUUGAGGUUUCCUUCACACGAGGUGCUUAAUUUACUGUAUAGAAAAACUCCAUCCGUCUUUUUUAUUUAUUUCAAUGACUGUGAAAUUUCACAGGGUGAAAGAGGGGUGAUGUUGAUAAUCCUAUCAUUAUGUAAAUUAAUAUGUGUAGAAAAAUGCAAAAAUGUGCCAUGAUGACUGUGUGAAUCAAUGCGAAGGGAGUCCUGUCUGUUCGAUGGUACUACUUAUGAGCACUGGGCCUUAUUCAUGAAACACGGAUGAGAAGUCAUUUUCAAACCAUUUCUAUGAGAUUUAUAGAUGAUUUUUGCACAUCUCUGUGCAUUAAUAAUAAUAAUAAUAAUAGUUCUUUCUGACAAAAUUAUGCCGUUUUGUUUGUAUUUUUUUAUAUUGCAGAGUCCUAAUAUUUGAUUGGUAUAUUUUUAUAGAUAUUUCUGUUUGAAGAAUUCAUUUUCUCUUUAUGUUAAAUAAUUUGAUUUAGUAAACAUUGUACUUUUUUUACCAAAUGUGUGACUGGUAAGUGAUCUUAAAAAAAAAUGUAGCAGAUAGUUGUUUCUCUAACAGCUGUGUUACUAGCAACAUGAAGCUUGUAGGUUUGAUUCUUAGUGAACACAAGCUGAUAAAACAUUUUUAUGCACUGAAUGUAACUUUGGACAGUAAUACAGGUGUCUAAAGACCGUUUACUUGUUUAACAAUCCAACGUUGAUGUGUCUAUUUCAUACAUUACAAAUCUGUAAUUUUUAAUUGAAUUAAAUUGUACUUCUUUCAAAAUCAAUAA